GCCAAGCUGAACUUUGUCCCCCCCCCCCUUUUCUGAGCCUUGAAUUAUCUAACAACGAGGAUGCUUAUCAGUGGCAAUCAUUUCGUUUUGGCUUUUUGCAUUUUAUGCUUGGGUGUUUGGUGCUGUGGCCAAGCAGACAAUACUGAAGAAUCAGCAGCAGCAGCUCCCAUGGAGAAGGCUGAGCAAGCUGCUUUGUACUCUGCUAUACAAGGGUUUGUAGGUGAUUGGUGGAAUGGCUCGGAUCUCUAUCCCGAUCCUUGUGGUUGGACUCCUAUUCAGGGUGUCUCCUGUGAUAUCAAUGGUGGCUUAUGGUAUAUUACUACUAUAAGCAUUGGUCCUGUUCAUGACAACUCUCUUGCUUGUGCCACUAAUGUGAAAUUUAGGCCACAACUCUUCCAGCUCAAGCACUUGAAAUCUCUCAGCCUUUUCAAUUGUUUCAUAUCUCCUAGCAGACAUCCGGUUACCAUCCCCGGCGAUGACUGGGAAAAACUUGCUAGGAAUUUGGUGUCAUUAGAGUUUAGGUCCAAUCCAGGUCUCAUAGGCGAAAUUCCUACUGCCUUUGGUUACCUCAAAAAGCUCCAAUCUUUGGUCUUACUAGAGAAUGGUUUAACAGGAGAAAUACCAACCAGUAUUGGCAAUUUAACUAACUUGAAUCGUCUAGUCCUGGCUGGAAACAGGUUUACUGGUGAGAUCCCAGAUAGUUUUGGAAUGUUGAAUGAACUGCUGAUCUUGGAUUUAAGUAGAAAUUCACUCUCUGGUCAUUUACCUCUAGGCCUUGGUGGUUUAACAUCUCUGUUGAAGCUUGAUUUGAGUAACAACGGAUUGAAAGGGAGGCUGUUUGCACAUAUUGCAUGUCUGAAGAAUCUGACCCUUUUGGACUUGAGACACAACAAGUUUUCAGGUGGUCUAAGCCACCAUGUUCUUGAUAUGGUCUCUUUGGAAGAGUUGAUGUUGUCUUGCAAUCCACUAGGUGGUGACAUUAUGAGCUUGGAUUGGCAAAAUUUGCAAAAUCUUGUCGUUUUGGAUCUCACCAACACAGGCUUGAUAGGUGAAAUCCCUGAAUCGUUAUCUGGAUUGAAGAGACUGAGGUAUCUUGGUCUUGGUAACAACAACCUCACAGGCAAUCUCCCACCAAAGCUUGCAUGUUUGCCCGAUCUUAAUGCACUUUAUCUAAACGGCAACAAUCUGACAGGAGUGCUAAAAUUCUCCCAUGUCUUUUAUGAGAAAAUGGGAAAACGUUUCGGGGCUUGGAACAACCCGAAUCUCUGCUAUCCGGUUGAGUCAAUGACAACAACAACAACUAAUGGUCCUUAUGGAGUAAAACCAUGCCAAAAAGGUGCAACUUUGAUCGAGCCGAAUCCCACGGCCAAGUUGGGGGAUGAUGGGAACUUGAACAGAAGCAAUUCCCAUUUCAUAGCUUCAUCGGGAUUCCCAAGCUAUGGCAUCCAUGGCCAUGGGGCUAGGCAGUUAAUCUUGGUAGAUGCAUUGAUAACAGUACUGCUAUUUUGCAUCUUUUCGUAUUGAUCCUAGGCCUGAUAACUGACUUUUUCGCAUGCCAAAAAGUUGUUGGCUUUCGUUUCUUCUUGGGAUCUUUGAAAUCUAA